UUUAUAAAAACCGAAAAUCGCUCGAGUUUUCCUCCUAUGAAAGUGACUAAAUUUUCUCGUACACCGAAGUGAUGGCGAAAUCGUGAACAAAAUGAAACCGUGUGCCGUUUGCAAAAACCGUUCGAACAUCACCGACAAACAAACGGACGAUCCCAUGAACCGGGUAACGUACCAUCGGAUACCUGCCAACCCGGAACGGGCCUCACUGUGGGUUGAGGCUUGCGGCAUUACGAUGCCCGAGGGACUUACGCGGAAAUUCAUCUGCAGCGACCACUUUACGGAAGAUUGCUUCGAACAGGACAUGAGCGCGUUGCUGAUGGACGGCGUGAGGCGAAAGGUGCUGAAAAAACUUGCCAUCCCGUCAAUCCGUGCGCCGGCAAAGCGCAAAGAAACCGAGGAUCUCUCCGAGCAGGCCGAAUCAGAGCUCACGAUCAAGAAGCGCAAAGAGGAGGUUGACAAGUUGCUGCGCGGUGAGGUACCCGUGGUUCAACCCGUGAUAAACCCUUUCCGCAAGCAUCCUACGAAGGAGGAGCGCCAAGCGCAAACCAUCAGCAAUCUGCAAAGGCAGAUCGACGAGCUCGAGCAUGCGAACGGUCUGCAGCAGAAAAAAAUCGUUGCCCUCGAGCAAGCGUACACGGAGGAACGGGACAAGGCGCGAAAGGCACAAACGUUAAAUGAACAAAAAUCACAACGCAUCAACCUCGCUAAAGCGGAAAUGGUCAAUCUCGCGAUUUCGCUACAAGAGCUGAGGGACACCGGAAACAAGCACGUGAACGAGAGAGUAAAACAAAUUUUAAGCGAAUAUUUCAGCGAGGGGCAAUUGGCAUGCAUACUGGCCGGUGUGGCAGACACCCAAACCGGCUCAACCCUUGUAGGCUGGACGGACGAUGAGCUGGCCAAAUCGCUUGAGUUGCGCUGUAUCAGCGUCGAAGCAUUCCACUACAUGACCGAUCAGUUUCGCUAUCCUCUGCCGGAAGCGCUACAAAUAGAAAAUUGGAUCCAUGGUGUUUACCUGGAGAAAGGGAUGAAUGCUGCAGCCAUUAGGAUGCUGGAAUCCUACACAUUGCUGCUACCCAAUCCCACCGAUCUCAUCUGCACUUUGAACCUAGUGCGAGUUGACGCACCGGUACGUUACAUGUACGAUCGUAUCCGCGAUCAGAUCGUUGGUCCCAAUGCACAGCUACAUUGUGUCUGCGUACAAGGAGUCUUCGCAGAAUGGAAACAAAUUGUCCACAUCGAUUUCGACCUGGUGUACGGUGCUGAUUUGCUGAAGCGGCUCGUAGAGCUUGUGCAUCAAGCAAACUAUCGCGUGGUUGCCAUAACGACGCCCUGUGAUAGAGAAUCGGCCGACAUAUGGAGUGAACUGGAGGUUAGCGUUGAGCAGCACUACAUCCUACACCCAGUAACGGGCGAUCGCAUUUACCUGUUUCCGUGCCCCGAGAGUUCGCUUACCUCCAUCCAUCGGAUCUUGCUCGAAGAGGGGUUCGUGUUACAAGAAACUGGUGUUACGGUUAGUAAGGAGUCGCUGCUGCAACUAAUUGAAUCCCAGGAUCCACGAAUCACCGCACUGCUUGAUUUCGAACGACGGCAUCUCGAACGUGAGAUUCUAAACGAUCCAUUCCACGCGGACGUAUCGAGGCAAUUGAUUUCCCAUCGCACUGCAGACGCACUAAAAACAUUGGCAGAAAACGAUAAUGAUACGAUCAGGACCAUGGCAACGCUCUUGGAUCUGUUCAGCGAUUGGUAUGAACUAUGCACUACAACGGCCUCUUCCACCAUGGAUAAUCGACCGCAGGCAGUGAUCACACGCGUCCCGUACGGUGCCUGCGAAGAUGAACAGAACAUUGUACUCGAUGGUAUGCUCGAUACGAUGGAAAGCAUACGGUGCGUUAACGAGGACUAUAGCUACCUCCCAGAAGGCAUUAUGAUCUCGAUCGCUUCUGUCCGUAAACUAUUGAACGAGUUACGUCCCCAGUUUGGCGCCGCUCAUGCGACCGGCAUUCCCAUGCAGCGACUCUGCAGCACACCAAUGUACAAAACCCUCGCCAGUCUCCAAGAUGCCAUCAGCGUUUCCUCGGAAACGUGCAUUCUUUCCUCACAGGGUGCCUUGAUGCAGCUUUGUCGAGCCGUAUCCAACGCCAAACAAGAUACGCAUGUAUCGAACACGCUUCUAGAAGUCGCACAACUUUCAAACGAUAUUCAGAUAACGUUACCACAAGAAGAACCACUCGAUCCAGAUGUACGUGGCGCUACGGAACCGCAAGCAUGCGAAUUUUUGACGAACCUUAUUGCGGAUCGGAUGCACCAGAAGUACGAAUACUUGGGUGAGGUUUUGUAUGCGAUCGAGCUGCAGAACGAUCAGUACGUGGUUGUGCCAGCGCCUGGGAAUGCGGCAAAGGUACAACCUUCGCCGCUGUGGGUGGAACAGGCACACCAGCUCGAGACGUACGUUGUUGAGGCCAUCUACCAUCGCAAGGAGGGUCUCGUGGAAGGACUAGUCGAAGCGAUCUGCCAGCAGCAUCCCACCAUGGAACGAAAUCUGAUCGAAAUGUACGUCUCGAAACGUAUUGCAAUCAAGCUGCAAUGUUUGAAUGCGGAGCUGGAUGCACUGGGAUCAUGUGACGCUACGUGGCUGGCGUUGUAAAUCAGUCCGGUAAUAAAAGGGUUACGAUUGUGCAAGAGUUGCAGCACCGUGCAACGAA